GUCCGGGAAAACUGACAUUAUCGCGACAGCCUGUUUCGCUCGCAGCUCAGCGACGGCGGCCUGGCGCUGGAAUGCGAAACUAUAACUUAUUUAGUCCCAACAAACCGUUGACAAACAUCGGCGUGCCGCUUCAGACACGUCGCAGGUCUGCUGCGGACUCGUUGGCGGCCACCCGGGACGCGAGGGAGACUCCGGACGCAUGGAUAUGAGACGCGAUCAGCUGUUCCAGCGUUUGCUGCCUCGGGCUCGUUGACUGGGCUCAGGAUGGCGCAGGGGGGCUCUCCGCUUGACUACCACAUCCUGCAGGACCUCAAGCAACGUUUCCCAGAGAUCCCGGAGGGUGUAGUUUCCCAGUGCCUUCUGCAGAACAACAAUAACCUGGAGAUCUGCUGUCACCUGCUGGCCCAGGAGAGUCACCGAUACCUGUAUGGAGAGUUCCAUCACAGCCCGGAGGACGUGCGACUCGGUCGAAACCACAUGCUACACAUUAGCAUGGGAUACCCGAGCUCGGAGGCGAGCAAGGCGAAUGGAGGAGGAGGAGGAGGAGGAGGAGGAGCAGGAGUAGGGCGCUCCCUUGUGCACAGCAACAGUGACAGUCACAUCGAACCCCAGCGGCCCAGCUACCCUGAGCCGCUGUCGGCCCCCGCCACCAUGGCCCCCUCCCCGGGAUACAACCCCUUCUUCAUGAACGAACAGAGCCGCUCAGCCAGCACUCCCACUCCUCCACCCUCUAUCCAGGGCAUGUCUCCCACGUACUCACCAGUCCCACGUUACUCCAUGAACCCUAUAACGGUCACAAUUCCACAAAAUAGUAUACCCAAUGUCCCACAGGCUCUGCAGAUACCCUCAGCGCACUAUGCUAUGCGACCCUCCCCUUCCCAGAGCCCACAGCCAGCACCCUGGUCCUCUUCAGGGGUGCCUGUGUACCAGCAUCAGCAGCCCCCAUACAAUACUCCCACAUACGUCUCGCCAUACAGCUCCCCGCAGCAUCAGGUCCAGCCCCAGCCGCAGCACCAGCAGUACGUUUUCCUCCCCAUUAGCUCCCCAACACUUCCCAACAUGACCUACCAUCACCAGCAACAACCCCAGCAACAGCCGGCUGUUUACAGGUCAUACCAUACGAAAAGCACCCUGGAGGGUCCGCGGCCUCGUAGCAACUCCCCUGUGCACACAACCCACCCCCAGGGAGCGCUCUACAUGGCCAACAGCCCUUCGCCCGGCUCCCCUUCGAGGGGGAUCCCUAUGAGUGGACCUUCGUGCCCUGCAGCCUUCCAUCCCGGGAUGUAUCUACAGCAUCAGGGCCCCACAAGGCCUCGGCCUGCCUCCUCUCCUCAGCCGGGCCAGUCGGCGUAUACCUUAAAAAUCAAAGUGUCCCCGGGGGGCCAAGCCCAGAGGCCGCUCGGCUCGCCUCCCGUGGCCGAGGCCGAGUCUCUUCUCAACAUAGUGGACCAAGGGGGACACAAUGCUGCCCCCGCGCCCAUCCUGCCCAUCUCCGCUCUGCCAGGGAACAUUAUCAGUCAGUUUCAGCACAUGCCCCGACGUUCAAGCUCAGGCUCUGAUGAUUAUGCCUACACACAAGCUCUCCUGCUCCACCAGCGGGCCAGGAUGGAGCGUCUAAAGAAGGAGCUGCUGCUGGAGAAACAGAAACUAGACCACCUGAAGUCCAAUGUUAACAGCAUGGAAUAUGACGCCCUUCAGAGGCGCUUUCGAAGAGUCAACUCCACCAGUCUUAUACCCAGACCUGAAGAGAUGACCCGAUUGCGGAGUCUCAACAGACAGCUUCAGAUUGAUAUCGACUGCACCCUGAAGGAGACCGAUCUACUGCAGUCGAGAGGGAAGUUUGAUCCAAAAGCAAUGAACAACUUUUAUGACAACAUUCAGCCCGGUCCAGUUGUGCCACCCAAGCCUGGGAAGAAAGCGGAUCAGGGUCCCAAGCCAGUCCCGGAGCCUCAGAGGGACGAGGAUUUCGAAGGCGCCCAGUGGAACUGUGAAAGCUGCACCUUCCUCAACCACCCUGCGCUCAAUCGCUGUGAACAGUGCGAGAUGCCGCGUUACACCUGAGCUUAGCGCCGCGCUGUAUCGCCCGCCCCUUCCUUGACCAUUCCCGGGAUAGUAUGAGCCCCACCCCUCAAAAUCUGCAGAAUGUGUCUAGAGCUCUGCCCCUGUCAAUCAAUACGUAAGCCCCUCUUACCUGCUGAGGAAGAGCCACCAUCCCUCUCCUGCUCCUAUCUACUACUCAUGUGCACUUUGACCCUUUUUCUUUCCAUUGGAGGAGGAUGAUGAUGAUGAUGCCUAUUCAGGGCAGUCGGAGACUCUGCUCAUGGCAAAUGUAUAAAAGAUGGAGUGACUCUGGCCGUCGGUUGUUCAGGGCUUCAGAAAGGCCUAAAGCGAUUUAAGGAUCAAGGAGGAGGAGCUUCGGUUUACCGAGAGAAGAUUCCACGCAGAAGGAGUGACUGCCCUGUUUACACUGAGCCCAUUCCUGAACUUAAAAUGGAGGCACUUCCACUUUAAUGUAGGACCUGUAACUCCCACCCUGACAGCGGAACAAUGAAAGCAAUGGUAUAUACAUUCUGAUUAAUGCGAAAUGUAGACUGUACACUGUAUCUGGCUCUGUAUUAGAGCUCCUUUCACUGAAAGAAGAACACUAAGGACAUUUGCAUAUGAGUAUAUUCCUGGUACUUUUAUGCGUAUAAUGCCACCAUGUAUUAUGUGUUCAGAAGAUGUUGAUUUCCUGUGCAAAUCCCUCAACUUGCUGUACUUAAUAAAGGAGCUGAUUCUAUGUGACUUGACCAUGCA